AUGAAUGAUAAUCUGGCUCUGGAGGAGUUGGUUCUUCAUUCUCCUGCUCCUCUGGACACGUGCAUCCAUCUGUCGCGAGCUCUGACUCUGGCCGCGCUCAGAGAGAAGGAGCGCUCUGUCGACCUGCACGCCGCCGCGUGUCACUGUGAGCUCAUGGCCUCUGACCUCCUGACCUUCGCCGCCUCAGCCGGGGGUCACGCGCGGGUCCGAUCCUCAGGGCUGUGGACCACCGGGGUGCCAGCGUGUUGGACUGCCUGAUCGAGGGCCGGCAGAAGGGUGUGGUGUCCCAUCCGGCGGUGCAGACAUACCUGACGGACAUGUGGCACGGAAGCCUGCAGUGGGAUUCAUGGAAGAUCCUUCUGCUGUUCUUCUGUUUGCUGCUCUUCCCUCCGCUGUGGCUGGCGCUCUCACUGCCACACAGACACAGCUUCAACACUAUCCCAAUCGAGAAGUUCAUGAGUCACCUGGUGUCGCACAUCUUCCUGUUGGCCCUGUUCAUCCUGACGAUUGUGUAUCCGCCCAUGAGUCCUCUGUCUGAGGGCCGUCUGGUGCCCGGCUGGUCGGAGUGUCUGUUGCUGAUCUGGCUCUGUGGGAUGCUGGUGUCCGAGCUGACCAUCCCAGGUGAGCGUGCUGGUUUAGCGUGGAUUCGUCUUCUUCUCCUGGGUUUUUCCGCCGUGGCUCUGCUGUGCCACCUGCUCGCGGUUUUCACCCAAUGGUGGCCACCGGCGCACCUGCACUGCCUGUUCGCCCGGAACGUCCUGCUGGCCAUGGCGAUGACACUGGGAUUCAUCCAACUACUGGAGUUCCUCACGUUCCAUCACUUAUUCGGCCCGUGGGCCGUAAUCAUCCGAGACUUGAUGAAGGAUCUGUCUUGGUUCGCUGUGAUCCUCAUGUUGUUCCACACUGCCUUCACGCUGAGUCUCACCGCUUUGUGUCAGCCGCUGUAUCCACAAGAUUGGGACAACAGCACCGGUAACGCCACGCAAGUGACCAUUCCGGGUCCUUUAAACAUGUCUGUGCUGCUCUUCUUCGCUUUGUUUGGUUUAACCGAACCGGAUAAAAUUCCCGAAGUGGAGCAUUCGCCUGCUGCCACGGCUGUUUUGGCUAAAAUGGUAUUUGGUGUGUAUCUGGUGGUGACGUCCAUCAUGUUGAUCAACCUCCUCAUCGCCAUGAUGAGCGACACAUACCAGCGCAUCCAGGCUCAGUCCGACACGGAGUGGAAGUUUGGCCGCGCCGUUCUGAUCCACGAUAUGAGCCGCAAGUCUGGAAUUCCGUCUCCGUUCAACCUGUUCACCAACCUGUUCUACUCCAUCAAGGUUCUCUGCAGACGUGCAGGUAGGAGUUGCUUUUCAUUAGAGAUCAUUUGCAUGUUACUGGGGAAGCUUGUGUUCGGCAAAGAAUAA